UAACCAAUAUGAUGUAAAGAAACUUGACUUAACUGCAUGUAUAACUACCACCACUGAAUUGACCAAUCAGAGCGUUUGUUAGAGAGCUAUGACGUCAUCAGGCAGAGUGUAGCUGACGACGGUAGUGUAUAUGACCGCGCUUGAGGAGAUCCGAGAAUAUUUUGGCUUUCGACGUCGCCAUAUUUCACUCUUUUAAGCCAAAAAAAAGCAUUGGAGGAUCCGAAAAUUUCUCUCGUGAUUGAUUGUUUAUGAAAUAUUUAAUGUUCUUAUGUCAUAUUUCAAAGUUUUAAACAACUUUGAGUGAUUGGCUAAAAAGUCAGUUAUUAAGUAAAACGAUUUACCCUAUAAAACCUUUCAUGUUGACAAUGCUUCUAACAAAUAGCUGUCAAGGUUAAAGAAAAAGAUAAAGUUCCUCCAAAGAAAACAAAAUAAAGUAAAGUUGUUGGUAUCGAAAUCAGCACGACGAAGAAAUUAGUAAAUUUGUUACCUGUAAAUAUUGUUGAUAUUUUACUACCCAACACCUAUCCUAUCAAAUUCCGACGAAGUAACCCAACAACGAUAGUGGCUACGGAAAAGGCCACACUGGAUCGUCGUAUAAAUCCUCGGCUCUUUCACAAUAUAAGACAUUUUCAUAUCAAACGAACGUUUUAACCAUGUACCGCAUUAGCAGGACGUUUUUCAAAUUUCCUGUGCGUAUCACGCACCAGCGGCAGGCAUGGACUACUCUCCACAACCAUCAGUCCAAGACUUCAAAUUCCAUCCCAAAGUCAAAUCGGAUUAACUAUGGUACCCAAGCAGCUGCAGAACCCUUCCUUAAUGGGAGCUCGUCUUCCUACUUGGAAGAAAUGUAUUCUGCUUGGCAGAAAGAUCCGAACAGUGUACAUAAGUCUUGGGAUGUGUAUUUUCGAAAUACAGCAAGGGGAGUUAGUUCUGCCUACAUACGUCCACCUACAUUAGGUGGAGCUCCAGUACCCACCAGUACAGAGAUGGUGCCUGCUGCAGCUAUGCCCAGUGAGAAGAUUAUUGAACAUCAUCUCUCCGUGCAGUCGAUUAUCCGGUCUUAUCAGAUUCGUGGCCAUAAUGUAGCUAAAUUGGAUCCUUUAGGAAUUGCUUCUGCAGAUUUAGAUUCUGAGACUCCACCAGAGCUAAUUCUGACAAACUAUGGAUUGGAUGAGCCUGAUCUUGAUAAAGUCUUUAGACUUCCACACACCACUUAUAUUGGCGGAGAUCAAACUGAGCUUCCAUUACGUCAAAUCAUCAAGAGACUAGAGGAAAUUUACUGCCGACAGAUAGGUAUUGAGUUUAUGUUUAUCAACAAUCUUGAGCAGACCGAUUGGAUUCGUCGCAAAUUUGAGGUACCUAACAUCAUGCAGUUUGAUGCCGAAGAGAAGAGGCUUAUCCUAGCAAGACUUAUUCGAUCAACUCGAUUUGAAGAUUUUCUUGCACGAAAAUGGUCAUCUGAGAAACGUUUCGGUAUUGAAGGCUGUGAAGUUCUGAUUCCAGCAAUGAAGGCUGUCAUUGAUUCAUGCAGUUCACUUGGUGUGGAUAGUUUUGUUAUUGGCAUGCCUCACAGGGGUCGUUUGAAUGUACUUGCAAAUGUUUGCAGGAAACCUCUGGAACAGAUCAUUUGCCAGUUUGAUUCUAAACUGGAACCAUCUGAUGAGGGAUCUGGAGAUGUAAAAUAUCACUUAGGCAUGUGCCAUGAGCGUCUGAAUAGAGUAACUAACAAGAACAUAAAAAUGUCUGUUGUUGCAAACCCCUCACAUUUGGAAGCAGUCAAUCCCGUUGUUCAGGGAAAAACGAAAGCUGAACAAUUUUACCAAGGAGAUAAGGAUGGCAAAAGAGUCAUGAGUGUACUACUUCAUGGAGAUGCUGCCUUUGCUGGUCAAGGGGUUGUCUAUGAAACGUUUCAUCUCAGUGAUCUGCCCAUGUAUACAACCCAUGGUACUAUUCACAUAGUUGUUAACAAUCAGAUUGGUUUUACAACUGAUCCUCGUGUAUCGCGGUCAUCACCUUACCCUACUGAUGUUGCUCGAGUAAUCAAUGCUCCAAUAUUUCAUGUGAAUGCUGACCAUCCCGAAGCUGUGAUAUAUGUUUGCAAAGUAGCCUCUGAAUGGCGACAUCGAUUCAACAAAGACGUUGUGAUUGAUCUGGUGUGCUACAGGCGAAGUGGACACAAUGAAAUUGAUGAACCCAUGUUCACUCAACCUCUUAUGUACAAAAAAAUUGCCAAACAGCCGACUGUAUUAGCCUCCUAUGCUGAGAAAUUAAUUCAUUCUGGCAUUGUGUCUCAACAGGAAUAUGAGGAUGAAGUGGCUAAAUAUGAUAAGAUCUGUGAAGAAGCCCACUUAGCCUCCAAGAAAGAAACAGCUGUACGUAACCGGGAUUGGCUGGAUUCUCCUUGGAGUGGAUUCUUUGAAGGUAAAGAUCCAAUGAAAUCGCCUCUGACUGGUAUUGAUGAAGAGACAUUGCAACAUAUUGGAAUGAGCUUUAGCCUUCCACCUGAAGAUUUUGAGUUACAUAGAGGUGUGAAACGUAUUUUGAAGUCACAUGAAGAUAUGGUCAAAAACCGUAUUGCAGAUUGGGCUCUCGGUGAGGCCUUGGCAUUUGGUUCACUUUUAAAAGAAGGUGUUCAUGUACGUUUAAGUGGACAAGAUGUAGAACGUGGAACUUUUAGUCAUCGCCACCAUGUUUUACAUCAUCAGAAUAUAGAUAAGAAAACAUUCAUCAGUCUAAAUCACUUGUACUCUGACCAAGCUCAGUACAUUGUGUGCAACAGUUCUCUUUCUGAAUUUGGAGUUCUUGGUUUUGAACUUGGAUACUCAAUGACAAACCCAAAUUCUUUGGUCAUAUGGGAAGCUCAAUUUGGAGACUUUCACAAUACUGCACAGUGUAUUAUUGAUCAGUUCAUUUCAAGUGGUCAAGCCAAAUGGGUACGACAAAGUGGUUUAGUAAUGCUCUUACCUCAUGGUUAUGAAGGAAUGGGCCCUGAACAUUCAAGUGCUCGUUUAGAAAGAUUUCUCCAAAUGUCCAAUGAUGAUCCUGAAUUUUAUCCUCCUGAAAGUUCAAGUUUUGAAAUGCAACAACUACACGAGAUCAACUGGUUUGUUUGUUACUGCUCUACACCUGCCAACUUAUUCCAUGUGCUAAGGAGACAAGUUGCCCUUCCUUUUCGCAAGCCUCUUAUCAUCAUGACGCCAAAGAGUUUAUUACGUCUGCCAGAAGCCCGAUCCAGCUUUGACUUGAUGACUGACAAUACAGCAUUCCAGCGUGUCAUUAAAGAAGCAGGUCCUGCCAUGGACAAUGCCUCUAAUGUAAAGAAAUUAAUUUUUUGUACUGGCAAAGUCUACUAUGAACUGGUAAAAGAACGGGAGAAGUUGAAAAUGGUGGAUAAGAUUGCUAUUGCUAGAGUUGAACAGAUUUCUCCUUUCCCAUUUGAUUUGGUAAAAGAAGAAAUAACACAGUAUCCUCGAGCUGAAGUUGCUUGGUGUCAAGAAGAACACAAGAACAUGGGAGCAUGGGGCUAUGCUGAACCUCGAUUCAGAACUGUUCUUAAGAAAAUGAAUAGCAGGAAAGAAGUACAAUAUGUAGGACGCUAUCCUUCUGCAGCUGCUGCAACUGGCAAUAAACAUAUGCAUACAAUGGAACUGGGUCAGUUCUUAAAGGAAGCCAUGUCAAUAUAAUAAAUUCUCUUGCCAAAAUAGUUACUCUGUCUGCUGGUGUGUAUGUGUGUGUGUAUGCUGUGUAUUUGUGCAUGUGUGUGUGAGAAAGAGUGAGUGAAAGUGGAAUUGCACUCUUUACUAUUGUCAAAAGUAAUAUUAAAAUUUAAUAAUAUAAGAUACCAGUUAGAUAGUAACAAUAACUAUAAUGGUACUCUUCUGACUCUCCACCUUAAUGAAAAACCUAACAUAUUGGCUCCUUUACAAAGAACUGAAAUAUUUCUUUAUAGUUUCAUUCAUACAAAUAAAAAAUAUUUAAAUAAAUCUUAUCUAUUACGACCUGUACUUUAUUUAGUUUUGUCCCUAAUGUUUUAAUAAUACUUAUUUAGAGAUACCCAAAUAUUUAUGUUUUUAGUUCACAGAUAUCCAAAUCUAUAGAUAACUUUAUUUCUGGUGUCCUCAUAGUCAUUCUAUGAAUUGGCUUUAAAAUGUUUUUCUCCUAUGUUAUUUAUUUUAUUCAGUUUGAAUUGUGCAAAAAAUAUGUAAAAGUAACUCCUUAGUUUUAAAUAGUUCUUACAAACUUCAAGAAUAGAAACUGGGUUUUUAAUUUUUUUUUGUUAAAUUAUAUAUGUAGUAAUAAAAUAUAUAAACUCCUUUAUUGAAGUUUAACCAGAUAUUAAUUAGUAAAAAUAAAAUUAAUUUUAUUAACCUAUAAAUUAUAAGUAAAUAAGUAAAAAUUAGAAUAUUUCUUUUUCAAGAUUGAUUUCUGUAUCAUUACUGUUUAUGCAAAUUCCUCAUGUUAUGAUUACAGUUUUUGUUGAUUAUUUUUGUGUUCCUUCCUUCACUUAAACAUUGUGAUCUUUUAUCAGAAUUUUUGUUGCUUUGAAUUUGAUAGCUGUAUUUCUAUUAUAAUUUAUGAUUUAAUUUCCAAGAAUUGAUCUUGUAUUGACACGUUUCUAAUAGUUUGUGACUCUGUCGGAUUUAUUAGCAAAGAUCAUUCUUGUGCCUUACAGUUAAUUGCUGAUUUUAAUUCAUUAUGGCGAUUAUGAAUGAACUCAGUUGCAAAUCCAUCAUGACAUUCUUACACACUUGCACGUGAAGAACAUCUGUAUUUUUGAAUUGAGAAAUUGUUAGUUUUUAAAGUAGGUUAUUGUUAUGAUGUUGAUUAAUUCAAAAUAAACUUAAGUUUAUAAUAAUAUAGCUUUAAUUUUCCUCAGUAGUAACUGUAGUGAGUGUUAGAAAAAUCAUUGUUCUAAUCAUUUAUCUUCUGUAUAUUAAGUUAUCCUCUGCUACCACCAAAGGACAAAAUUGCUUUCUGAACAGAAAAAGGCAGAUUGUUUAUAAACAAUAUUCUUUUGCUUGUAUUGAAGCUGUUCCAAGCAAUGCUUUUGUCAUAUCUGCUCUGGGCAUUGUAUUGGGCUGUUAAUUAGAAAUGAGACAUUUGAGCACAAAUUUAUCCACUCAUUUGUUAUCAUUUACUCAAAAAUCUAACUGGGUGAACUGUUCAAAAAAUUUGAUGGCAUGAUGACUCUGUUUCUUCUAAUAAUCUGCUGAAGAAACACGGUCGUUUUUGUCACUGUUACAUAAAUACAAGCAAAAGAAUUGUGUAUCAAUAUUGCUACUAUUAUGAUCACCACAGAACAAAAGAGUAGCUGAAACCAAAGGAAAUAGAUAACCUUUAAAAUGGUAAUGCUUUUUAUGGUAAUCAAGAAGUUUACUUAUAUAGAAUGGGCAUAAACUUCAGAAUGGAUGAGAGAUGUGUGUUGGAAGAGAGCCACUGGUGACUAUUUUGUCCAAUAUUUGCUGUUUGUGGUAGGCUCAUUUCUGUUUUGUUAUUGUCAUAUGAUUAUGCAUUUAUAAAUGUCAUGGGAUGUUAAUGUAACUAAGAGUUUCAUAUGAACUUUUCUUCAGUUUUGUUAUGACUUGAUUUUAUUUAUUUUGAUAAUUGUUUUGAACAACUAAGCAAAACUGAUUUUUUCAGAAAUGAUUAGCCUGCAGGGAUAGGAUAUUAAAUAAAACUUAAAUUGUUCGUAAUAUGUCGGCAACUUCAAUGUAAGUCUUAAACAGAUUGCAUCAUAAAUGUCUGGCUUGUAGGGAUAGGAUAAAAUUAAAACUGUUGAACUAUCAAAAUAAAACUAAUAACAACUAAUAUAAAAUAAACUUUUAUUUUGUGUUGGAGCGAAAUUGUAUUGAUACAGAUAUCUAUUUUACUUUGUUGCUUAUUAUUGUUUUCUUUCUACAUUGCGGACUUAUGUAAGAUACUUUUAAGUUUUUGACAUUUUGAAAAGUCUUUGUAGCAUACCAUAUAUAUAUAUAUAUGUAUAUAUAUAUAUGUAUAUGAGAAAAACUGCCUUAUUUUUUAAUAGCACCUGCAUAUCUGUGCUUAAACCUUUCAAUAAAUCCUGUUCUUUUACAACAAAAAAAAUUAUGUUGUCAUUUGCUUUCCUCAAGUGUAUGAAUAUUUUCAUUUUACUAUUGUUACAUGUAUUUUACGACAGUGACUUCUGUUUUCAAUUUGGCCUGCACGAAUAUUCUAGUGUCUGUCUUGAUCUUUUUUUUUUUUUUUUUUUUUUUUUCAAGAAGUUACUGGGAAUGAAAAUAAUUGUAUAAAAGGGUAAAAAUUUAAGAAUACCAUAAAAAUGUUGUUGAUAUUUUUCUAGUAUGGGUCUAGGGGUUGUCAAAGAAGCUGGUGAAAUAAAUAGUAUGCUCAUUGGGGGGGGAAAGUCUUUUAGAAACAUACCAGAGUGACAGCAUUAAAUAUUAUUAGAACUAUAUGAAGUAAUUUUAAGUACACAGUUUUUAGUUUUAAUCAAAAGUAUUUUAGUGGUGGGGUCAACUGUACCAGAAAAGUUUAUGAAAUAUUGUUGCAGUUGUGUUUAAAAGUAGAAAUAAAACUGCUUUAAAUUGUUGGAUGGGAAUUUUCUAAAUGUGUAAUGUGGAGUAUCUUAAAAAAUAAAAUUCAUGUUAUUUUAAUGUAAAAUUAAAGAUAUUUGAAAUUUAGUUUAUUAAAAUAAUUAUAAAGCCAAAAUAAUAGUUUCAAGGGAGAGAAAUCAUUGAGUAUUGGAUUCACCUGAAAUUUGGGAAACAACUUUAUCAAAAUUUUACCUCAUGCUUUUUAUAUUGGCUUCAGCACAGUAUGUUCAUGGUAAAUUGGGAUGUGACUAGUUAAUUGAUUUGAUAUUAUAGUUGAUUAUUCUUAGACGUACAAAAUGGUAAAAAAUUAAAACAGUAAAAUUUGAACCGAAAUUUUUGAGUCAUUUACAGCAGACACUUCAAAACUCAGUUAUCUACUUUCAUACCCAGAAUCUUCUAUAAUUACUUAAAAUUAAUACAGGUACUCUAUGGCCAAAGAAAAUUUAAAAUUUCAAUAACUUAAGUUCUUUAAUUAUGGUACUUAUUUCUUUAGUAACAUUUUUACUGAUCUCGUCUAACUUCAUUUCUUUUGAUAAUAUAUAGAAGUAGGUAAAAUAAAGAAUAAAAUUUGUUGAUGGGCCAAAACUUACUCUAAAUAUGUGGUUUGGUGUGGCAUUGGGGUAGCAAAAUAGUUUUGUUUUGCCCUUUUGGUGGAAUAUUAUUUACUUGGAAUGUAGUUUGUUAUGACAGUAAAACAGCAAUAAUAUUUGGAA